AUGUCGCAAGUCAUCUCCAGGGCCUCAUGGCUCUCACUCCUAUUAGUAGCAUUGCUAGCCGUGUCAACUAUCAACGCGCACCCAAUCCGCCAAACUGAGGCAGAGAAUGAAAAAAGCCUUGAACUUCGAUCACCGAGACUUAUUUCAGACACCCAGAACUACCUCAGUAAAGUGUUGCAAGAGUUAGGCCUGGAAGAUGCAGCUCCAUCCCCAGCUCCAUCCCCAGCCCCAUCUCCAACCCCUAUCAUCAAGAUCGAGCAAGAGCCCGAGACCCAUGAGCCCGAGACCCAUGAGCCAACACAAACCACACACGUUAUCUACUCAAGCUCCGUCACUUAUACACCUACUCAUGGUAGCAAUGGGGCGGGGUACACUCAAACUGUGAAACACGAGCACAAAAAUGACUUCCCUGUCGUGAACGUCCAGAUUGGCCACGGUUGGACUGGGAAUAAGAAAGUUACUGCGGAGGAUCUGCCUAUUCUCUUUCGGUUUAUGUGGAAGUUGAUGGCGCAUCAAUUCAGUGAUAUGGUUCAUAGCUCUGAUGAGGUUGGAUUGAAUGAGUUCGUGGGUCAUGGGCAUUGA